AUGGCCUCCCAUGCGCCGUUGCAGUUUGCAACGUUUACGUCAGAGAUUGAGCUGCCCUUCUACUCAGCCCUGUUUGCGUCCAAGCUCGACUAUGACAAGCUAGACGACUCGGCUCGGGGUGUCCUGGGUUUGUAUGAGCCGCGGUUUGCCGAGCCGGACUCCAGUUGCAAGAUGCAGAUCCUGGGGAAUGCCCUCACCAGCCAAGACACCCCGCUCGGUACCGCCCGCGCCGAGGGUAUCAUCAAGAAUGUCAACACGCUGGACGGCUUCAAAAACACCGACAAAUCGGCCAUGAUACGGACGGCAGGCCGACAGAUCUGGGACGCCAUCAACGAUGGGAGCAUCUACUCUGUCCCGUCGCUCCUCUCGUCCUUCAUCAUCCUGUCGUACGCCGAUCUCAAGAAGUACAAGUUCACCUACUGGUUCGCCUUCCCCGCGCUGCACUCCGACCCCCAAUGGCGCCGGGCCGGGGCCGCCGAGCGGUUCGACGCCGACGAGAGCACGGCCCUGGUGGACCGCGUGGGCACGUGGCGCUACAGCGUCGACAGCCGCGAGCACGGCUUCUUCCUCGCCAAGAAGGUGCGCGGCCAAAGUACCGAGCCCGAGGAGGGAGAGGCCGCCAACCGCCUGCCCUACCGGUGGGAGGUGGCGUCGCUGCGGCAGUUCGAGAACGGCUUCCUGGCUGACGUGCCGGAGGAAGACCGGUACGUCGCCUUCGCCGACCCGUCGACGUACGCCGAGGGUCCCGGCUGGCCGCUGCGUAACCUCCUGGUCCUCAUGCGCCAGCGCUUCAAGCUGUCCAAGGCCAAGGUGCUCUGCUACCGGGACACGUGGGCGAGGCGUCACGAGGCGCGAAGCGUGGUGCUCCCUAUAGAGGUAGACUCCACCGCGGAUGAGGGGAGCACGGCCAUGAAAGAGAUGCCCAAGGUGACCGGGUGGGAGAGGUCGCGCAACGGCAAGCUGCAGGCGCAGCAGGCCAACCUGGGCGAGUACAUGGACCCGAGCCGUCUGGCUGACUCGUCUGUGGAUCUGAACCUGAAGCUGAUGAAGUGGCGGCUUGCGCCGGAUCUGGACCUGGAGCUCAUAAAAAACACAAAGUGCCUACUCCUCGGGGCGGGAACGCUGGGCGGCUACGUCUCGCGCAACCUGCUGGGCUGGGGCGUGCGCAAGGUGACGUUUGUCGACUACGGGAGAGUCUCGUACUCGAACCCGGUCCGGCAACCCCUCUUUGAGUUUGACGACUGCGUCGGCGGCGGGCGGCCAAAAGCUGAGCAGGCGGCCCGCAUGCUCAAGAGGAUAUACCCCGGCGUAGACGCCGAGGGACACUCCCUCCAGGUGCCCAUGCUCGGACACGCGGUCACGGACGAGGAGCGCACGCAGGCCGACUUCGAGAAGCUGAAGAAGCUGAUCGAGGCGCACGACGUCGUCUUUCUCCUCAUGGAUACGAGGGAGUCGCGGUGGCUGCCGACGGUCAUGGCGAAGGCUGCGGGGAAGAUUGUCAUGAAUGCCGCGCUGGGGUUCGACUCAUACGUCGUCAUGCGGCACGGGUCGGAGAGUUCCGAGGCUGGACUGGGCUGUUAUUUCUGCAACGAUGUCGUCGCGCCGGCAGACGUAGGUCCCCCCUCCCAUCUCUCGCCUGAUUUUACUCUUCCCCCUUUCUUUUUCUCGACACCUUCAUCCCGGAGUGAGAUGCUGACUCCUCUGCAGUCGAUGAAAGACCAGACACUAGACCAGCAAUGCACCGUUACGCGGCCCGGCGUAGCAGCCAUGGCGUCAGCGCUCCUCGUCGAACUACUGACGAGCCUCCUCCAGCACCCCAAGGGAAAGGACGCGCCGGCGCCGCAGACGUCCAGCCCCCAGUCGACGCCGGAGCGCGACCCCCCCUCCCAUCCUCUGGGUCUGGUCCCGCACCAGAUCCGAGGGUACGUGUCGACGUUUCAGCAGCUGGUGAUCAGGGGACAGUCCUACGACUGCUGCAGCGCGUGCAGCCCGUCCAUCAUCGGGGCGUACCGGAAGGGGGGGUGGGACUUUGUCAAGCGGGCACUGCGAGAGAAGGAUUAUGUGGCGGAACUGUCGGGUCUGGCUGAGGUGCAGAGACGGGCGGAGGAGAUGGCUGGGGACGUGGAUUGGGAUGAGGAGGGGCUGGAGGAUGGGGAAGGGGAACUUGUCUGA